AUGGCAAAUGAAACUUUUCGAAUUACUCCUACAGGAACUUGUAGGAUUCCAUUUAGCUUUAUGGGAAGUUAACAAUAAGAAAUAAAUUUAGAGUAAAUUAGUAUAGUAUUAAAUUAGAGUUAUAAAAGAGAAACCAACUAGGGAAUAAACUCAAAGAGAUUUUAUAGGAUAGGCAUUGUCUCCUAAUGCUUCAACAAUAAAAAGAAGUUAUAAUAAUGAAACAGAUAUAGAAUUAUAAAAUAACCCAUUUUAUAUGACUCCUGUUGAUUAUGAUUGUUCUAAUAGUUUAUAUAAAACUCCAUAAUAAGCAAACAGAUAGAAUCCUAAAUUUAAUCCACGGAUUACAUUUAAAAAUAGAACAAAUUCACAUAGAUAAUAAGAUUCAUUAAAUGAAUAAAGUACAUCAGUUAAAAAAAUAAAUGGUUAAGAGUUUUAAGAGGUUUAAGUAAAAGUAUUUGAGGAGAGACAAUGUAAAUUUUGUAAUGAAUAAGAUUGGUCUGCACAUUUAAUUAGACCUUGCUUAUGUAAAGGAACACAAUAAUAUGCUCAUUAAAAAUGUGUAUAGAAUGAAAUUGAAGCUAAUUAUAUGGAUUUCAAUAGAAGAUAAUUUAUUAAAAGAUUAUAAUGUGAUUUUUGUAGAUUCUAAUAUGUAAUUAAAACAUACAAAGAAUACAGUUUAAUAAAAUCCUUAAAAGAUCCUUUAAAAUUUAAUAAAUUAUUUUGGUUGAUGUCUUCAGGUGUUAUUUUGGCAAGUAUAAUAAUAGCAACAAUAGUUCUAAUUUCAUUAAAUAUUGAAUCAAUGAGAUCAUAAAUUGAAUCUUUUAUUAUUACAAUUAUUGGAUGUUUGGUUUGUAUAAUAUUAGUCAUAAUUUUGAUAUUCAAUAUUUUUGAACUGAUUGUAAUAGUAAUUAUAUAAAUCUAAAUUUUAGUUCGAAUGGAAAGUAAUGGAUAAAGAUCAUUAAAAUAUAGAAGAUCAUGGAUUAAGAAUGAGUUAAGAUGAAUUAAAUUUAAUGUUGGAAUUGGCAAGAUAAAAAUUGGAUAAACAGAUAUCCUAGAUCUAUCCAUAAUAACAUAGUCAAAUUCCUUAUUGA